GACACUACCACUGUACUCGAGGCCAUCAAAGAACAUGCCAUUGCCGGCAACUGCCUACGAAUUCAGAUUGGGAGUCCUGCGAGUCGACACAGGGGCGGCGAACGCUGACCGACACCAAAUCGUCCGUCGCAACCACUGGUUUUUGAAGUCAAGGGUCUCAGCGCUUGACAUUUUGUUGCCGUAGGGUGAAGUUAUCGAGCAUGGACUACAACAUGAGCUGGUUUCUCGGCAGUCUCAGAGCCUACCCGCCACCUCUACAACUACCGCGCGCAUUUCGAGCUAGGCCAAGUACGCGCCGCAUGAAGUUGCCGUUGGACAAGUACAGUCGUGAUGCGGGGGCGGUGAUACAGGCGUGGGCUUUGCUUGAAGGGAGCGCAAUCACGCCGAACGGGACCCUUCCUUGUGGACCUCAAAUGGUUUAAUGUUUGUUCAGAUGCGUCAAUAUGGUUUAAUGUUUGUUCAGAUGCGUCAAUAAUUCAGGCGAUGCCGCGUCUGUAUUUCUACUCUGUUUUCACGGAAGCUGCGGUACGCCGGGUCCAGAGGUCUCUGUUAAGCGACGUUCGUAUUGUUACAUGGAACAGCCAAAUGUCAGGUUGAAUCAACGCCGAAAACAAAAAACAGUGUCUUGGGACCCUCGGCGUAGAACUAAGAACAAGAACACCGUUUGUCAUACAGGGUCGAACGUCUUUGUUAGAUGAAGACGCUGCUCUUCAGUGCCAGGUUGAAUCCACGCGG